AUGUAUGCAACUGAGAAGGGGCCUGUGAUCUCCAAGCAACUGGGCGAAGCCGCAUCUGCAGUAGCCAAACUCGCAGGGGAAAAAGGUCCCGUCGCUGUUCAGAGAAUGGGGGAAGGGGUAUUUACCGCCGCCAGGUUCGCUGCUAAAAAGGGACCCCUCGCAGUCGGCUAUCUCGUCCAAAUCGUCAAGGCCCACCCCAUGGCGACCGCAACCGUCGUAGUGCUCAUAGUGGCCAUCCUCGCUCCGCGUAUCUUUAUUGGUAUAUUGAAUAUUCUUGGGUUCGCAGUAGGUGGUGUCGUGAAAGGAUCAAUCGCGACGGGCAUUCAAUCGGUGGUAUAUGGGGCGUGGACGAGAGGUGUUUUCAGCGUUCUACAAUCGAUCGGAGCGACUGGAGUGGCCCCUCCAGCAGUGCCUACCAUUGGUAGCAUCGCCAUUAUGAGCUGCUUCGCCCGCCUAUGGUUAAAUGGAAGAACUUCAACGGCGUGA